AUGAUGUUUGAGAGGACAAAGGUCGCAUUAAGUGCAGUGCUAGAUAGAAAAACUGGACCCGUCGUUGGUGACACCACCCUUGUUUACAGAACAGUGAACAUCGGCAACGCCUACAAUAACAAUAAAGGUAUCUUCACGGCUACCGUUGCCGGUGUUUACUUCUUCACCCUCUUCUUUUGCGCUGGAGAAGAGAACACUUCGACCCUGGCGCUCUACAAGAACAACAUGGCCGUCGUCACCACCGGUGAUUACAGUGUAGCCAAUGGGGCGGAUGACGGCGGCGAUGGAGUGACCCUGCAGCUGCAGCAAGGGGACCAGGUAUACGUGUUCCUGGCUGCAGCCACACACGUUUGGGGGGACGACAACAGCCAUACCGCCUUCAGUGGUUUUCUGCUCAGUCAAGAAUGA